UCUUGACCCGCCAACUGACUUGACCGAGUAAAAGAUCAAGAAAUGUUCAGAAGUUGAUUCUGCUCGCCGUAUAAAGAGUAGAUCACCGUGUUGCGUACCCCCCUUCAUCGUCUUCAUCGUCAUCGUCAUCCAAUCAUGAACACGGCCGUGGCGAUCGUAGUUCUGCUAACAGCUGCAGCCUCAUUGACCACUACCGGAUCAGCACAGCAAGUGGAAACCUGCGCAUCAAAACUGGUGCCGUGCGGGCCGUACAUAAACUCGACGAGCCCACCGGAGAGCUGCUGCGGCCCGCUAAAGGACGCGCUGACGAAUGACCUGAGGUGCCUCUGCUCGAUCUUUAACAGCCCCAAAAUUCUCAAGGCUUUCAAUAUUGAUCUCAACUCGGCGCUGCAGUUGCCUAAGCGUUGUGGGAUGCCUUCUUUCUCUAACAACAUCGCCUGCGUCAACUCUACAGCUGGAGCUCCUGGACAUUCGAUGGUUCCUCCAGCUACUCCUGGGGAUAACAGCAAUGCUGAGCACAGCACAAACUGGUUCGGAUUGUCAGGCUUAGCUGCCAUCUCCUUGUUCUGGUGGUCGCUUAUCGCUUAGGAUCGUCAUCAUCCUUAAUUUGUCGAUUUCUUUGGUACUUUAGUAGUAAGACAUUUCUUCCGCUCUUUGAGGGCUUGUAUGAUGUACGCCAAUUAAUUUGUGGAAAUUAUAACAAUAAGAAUA